AUGGAAAAUAUGCAUCUAAGGCGAGUUCGCACCAUGCCCCGCCACAGCCAGUCUCUGACCAUGGCGCCCUAUUCAUCCGUAAGUCUAGUGGAGCAAUUGGAAGAUAGGAUCCUCUGCCACGAGAAAACCACCGCUGCCCUGGUGGAGCACGCCUUCCGGAUUAAAGACGACAUCGUCAACAGUUUGCAGAAGAUGCAAAACAAAGGGGGAGGCGACCGCUUGGCCAGGCUCUUUUUGGAGGAGCACAUCAGGAACAUAACUGCCAUCGUGAAACAGCUUAAUCGGGAUAUCGAGGUACUCCAGGAGCAGAUCCGGGCCCGGGACAACAUUAGCUACGGAACUAAUUCUGCCUUAAAGACCCUGGAGAUGCGGCAGCUCUCCGGCUUGGGGGAUCUCCGGGGAAGAGUGGCAAGAUGUGAUGCCAGCAUAGCCAGACUCUCCGCAGAGCACAAAACCACCUAUGAGGGCCUUCAGCACUUGAACAAAGAACAGCAAGCUGCCAAACUCAUCUUGGAAACAAAAAUUAAAGAUGCAGAGGGACAGAUUUCUCAGCUUUUGAACAAAGUAGACUUUUCAAUAUCAGAGCAAAGCACCAAGCUGAAGAUGUCCCACCGAGACAGUAACCACCAGCUGCAGCUUUUGGAUACUAAAUUUACAGGUACAGUUGAAGAUCUCAGUAAUCAGAUCCUAUCUGCACGGAAAUGGUUGCAACAGGAACAAGAACGGAUAGAGAAAGAGCUUCUACAGAAAAUUGACCAGCUUUCCUUGGUUGUUAAGGAAAACAGUGGAGCCAAUGAGAGAGACGUGGAGAAGAAACUCAGCUUGAUGUCAGCCAGACUUGACAGAAUAGAAGAGAGUCAGAAGAAGACUCUGGAAAUAUCGAGAACCAAGCUGGAAGAGGAGAGGGUGCAUGGACGAAUCAACAAGCUUGAGCUGCAGAUGAUUGAAGACAUGAAGGAGAUGAAAGCAGAAGUCAAUGCUGGUUUUAAUGAAACCUUUCUUAAAACAAAAUUGGCACGAAAUGAAGAAGCAAUUAAUCUUCUUUCACGGGAGAAAAUGUUUGAGAACAUUCAGCCCCCAGAAAGUAACCUGCCAAAUUAUACCAAAUAA